UGACUCUGAAGAAGCAUUUGAGACCCCGGAGUCCACCACACCGGUAAAGGCACCACCUUCACCUCCGCAGCCACCCCCCGAAGCGGUGGCAGCAGCAGUUGUAGCAGACAUAGCAGAACAAGAAAUAAAACCCCAGCUGCCCUUGGAAGACACAGGAUCAUGUUCAGAAACUGUACCCAUAACUGAUGUGUCACAGAGUGAAUCAGUUGAAGAAAGUCCUUUCCGUCCCCCUUCCCAUUCUUUUUCCACGGUCUUCGAUGAGGACAAGCCAAUAGCCAGCAGUGGAACUUACAACCUGGACUUCGAUAACAUUGAGUUGGUUGAUUCUCUCCAUGCCUUAGGACCAAGCUCUCCAGAAUCGAAGAAUCGUGAUCCCAAAGCGAAUGUUCGAAGAAAAUCUACCGAUUCAGUCCCAGUUUCCAAAUCUACAUUGUCUCGAUCUCUUAGCUUGCAAGCAAGUGAUUUUGAUGGAGCAUCUUAUCUUGGCAAUAGUGAGACAUUAGCACCGGCAGCAGAUGUGUACGGUACUGGUUCAAGUAGUGCUUCUAGUACCCUUAAGAGAACAAAGAAAUCCAGACCAGCUUCCAUAAAGAAGAAGCAGUCAGCAAAAAAAUCUCUGGAUGCUCCACCAGUGAAGGAAACACCACAAGAACCGUCUGACCUUGGCCAAGCAGCUUGUGCCCCAGGUGAGGAUAAACCAGUAUCUGAAGCGAAGAAUGACUCAGUAAAGCCUGAAUGUACUGAACCUUCUAAAAUCUCUGCUGAGAAACAGGAGGCCCCGCCUGUGCCUGAAGGAUCCUACCCCUUGGAUCCAGACAGUUUUGAAGGGAUUAGUGCAUUUAGCACUGGAGGCAGCAAAGUACAAAACUCUCCCCCUGCCAAUAAGAAAACGCUACCUCUUACAACGGCACCAGAGGCUGUGGAAGUGACUCCGCCGGACACUGGAGGACAAGAAGACCCUCCGGUCAAAGGCAUCGCCGUGAGGCUGGAGUUUGAUUAUUCUGAAGAAAAAGGAGUGAGCGAAGACCAGCAGGAGAGUACCCCUCCUCCCAAAAAAGCAGGUAAAAAGCCUGGUGCUAAAAUGCCACUACGGAGGCCAAAGACUAAAAAGUCAGUGGAAAAGCUUGACAACGCUCCAACCACACCAACCAAGUCACCCACUGAUCCAAACGAAAUCCCUAUCACGAAAGGCUCCUACACUUUUGAUAUUGACAAGUGGGAUGAUCCCAAUUUUAACCCGUUCUCAUCUAGUACAAAAAUGCAAGAAUCACCCAAACUGCCUCAGCAAACGUACAGUUUUGAGCCAGACAUGUGCGAGGACUCUGUUGACCCUUUCAAGUCAUCUUCUAAGAUAGCCAGCUCGCCCUCUAAAUCUCCAGCUUCCUUUGAGAUACCAGCCAGUGCCAAUGAAACAAACGGAACUGAAGGAGACAACUUGAAUAAACCUGCAAAAAAGAAGAAGACGCCACUAAAAACUGAUACAUUUAGGGUGAAAAAAUCACCAAAAAGAUCUCCACUAUCUGAUCCUCCUUCUCAGGAUCCCACUCCACUGCCUACUCCAGAAACACCUCCCGUUAUAUCCACGGUGGUUCAUGCGACAGAUGAGGAGAAACUGGCGUCUUCGGUGACCAGUCGGAAAUGGACCUGCAUGACUGUGGACCUGAACACGGACAAGCAGGAUUACCCGCAACCGUCUGAUCUGUCCACAUUUGUUAACGAGACUAAGUUCAGCUCUCCUACAGAGGAAUUGGAAUAUGGCAACUCAUAUGAAAUAGAAUAUAUGGAGAAAAUAGGCUCCUCUGUGCCUCAGGAUGAUAGCACCCCGAAGAAACAAUCUUUAUACCUAAUGUUUGAUGCACAGCAGGAGAGCCCAGUCAAAUCACCUCCCAUCAGGCUGUCUGAUUCCACAACACCAUGCUCAGGGUCGAGUUUUGAAGACCCUGAAGCCCAGCAAUCCUCUGGAAUGAAAAUACAACAUCCAGCUUCCCGCGUCCUAGCUGCCAGCCAAGAGGCACACUUACAGUCACCUGACAAGUCAAAGCAGAAAGACCUAGAGCCCAUGACCCUAGGAACAACUCCAGAGGCUAUUGAAAUAAGAGAACCUGCUAUCCCAGCAGAUGUUUCCAUCUCUAAAAGUGCACUGUACUCCCGGAUCGGCACCUCGGAUGCGGAAAGCACCACAGGUCUUCUCUACCCCCAGCAAGACUUGGACUCUGCGCUACGACUCGCCAGAGCAGAGAUUGUGGCCAAGGAAAGAGAAGUAUCGGAGUGGAAAGAGAAAUAUGAAGAAAGCAGAAGGGAAGUGAUGGAAAUGAGGAAAAUAGUUUCAGAAUAUGAGAAGACGAUCGCUCAGAUGAUAGAGGAUGAACAGAGAGAGAAAUCUGUCUCCCAUCACACAGUUCAGCAGCUGAUAGUGGAGAAGGAACAAGCUUUGGCAGAUCUGAACUCAGUGGAGAAAUCACUGGCAGAUCUUUUCAGGAGAUACGAAAAAAUGAAAGAAGUAUUGGAGGGCUUUCGGAAGAAUGAAGAAGUGUUAAAGAAAUGUGCGCAGGAGUAUUUAUCACGAGUGAAGAAGGAAGAGCAGAGGUAUCAAGCCCUCAAAAUUCACGCUGAGGAAAAACUGGACAGAGCCAACGCUGAAAUUGCACAAGUGAGAGGCAAGGCUCAGCAAGAGCAAGCGGCGUAUCAGGCCAGCCUUCGCAAAGAGCAGCUGAAAGUGGACGCGUUGGAAAGAACACUGGAACAAAAGAAUAAAGAGAUAGAAGAAUUAACAAAGAUUUGUGAUGAACUGAUUGCCAAAAUGGGGAAAAGCUAACUUUUAACCAAAUUUCUGGACUUCGAUAUUGAGUGCAAUAUGACCAUUGGCACACUGAUGUCCAUACAUUUAUGUGGACAGGUUAUAUUUUCACUUUUUCGUAUGCACUACUGUAUUUUCUUUCUAAAUAAAAGUUGAUUUAAUUGUAUGCAGUACUAAGAUGACUAUCAGAAUUUCUUGCUAUUGUUUGCAUUUUCAUAGUAUAAUUCAUAGCAAGUUGAUCUCAAAGUUCCUGUAUCAGGGAGAUUGUCAAGUUCUCUAAGAAAUUACAAAUUGCUGAUCCUAGCCUUCCCUUUGUACAUGAGUUCCCAUGUUGGAUGUCUUUUGGAUUUAAUAUAAACAUGUAUUACUUGCAUGGGGACUCUUGCCUUAAGGAGUGUAAACUUUAUCUGCAUUUGCUGAUUUGUAAAAUAAAAUUAAAAAUGAGAAAAAAAAAAGAAAAUGCAUGUCACUUAAAUGAAAUUCUCUAUUGUAAAUAAAUUUUUUCGUUGAAAGUUGA